CGUUAUUUCAACUGUUCACACGAGCUCAGACGCCUGUCUAAAGAUCUAUCUAGAAAUCCCAUAUGGCUCGGCACGACACAGAAGAGCUGCUGAAAGCUGUCUAGAACUAAACAUGCGACUUUAUGUGAUUAUAUUUGACAUGUAAGGUGGUAGUCGAUAGGUAUAGGUUCGAAUCAAAGAAGUUUGCAGGUUGUUUACUGCUGACGAGAUUUUUAGCUGACUGCUAACCAAUCCAAAGCGAUGUUUAUUACGACAUCAGCCUUACAAAACAUUAUACACGUUUACUUACAGUCAGCUAGUUAAAUAAUUAAAUCCAGAUGAUUACGAGGUGUAACCGAUAGAUAUUCAAGGUUGGAGUUUUGGAUCAGCUGAGUUUAUUGGAUGCAUAGCCAUCUACUACUAGAAUACAGAAAUGGAGAAUAUGAAAAGAACUCGACCUAAAGAUCAGACAUGUCAAUCCUCACCUGAAGACUGGUUCAAAAGAAGGCAGAGAUCAUUCGACUGUCAGCAUGACCCAGCCGAGAGAAAACACGGCUCUAACGGCGUUCCCAACAGGACUGCUGAUCUCAAAAUUAAGCAGACCGAAAAGAUAUGGAAAGAUAAUAGAUCGGAUCCUUCAUCUCAGGACAAAAGAAUCAAUAGGCGAUCUUCAGACAGAAAAGGUUACAGAGGGACCAAACCUUCCCAAGAUCCUACUGAGAGAGCCAAGUCCGCAGUGACAUGCAGUAGCACUUUUCAAAUGCAACUUGCAGAUUUUCCUGAAUUGGGUGACAUCACACCCAGUAACCCUGCACUAAACUCUUGGCACCUGGAACCAUCGGCGAGUGGUUCACUAAUGCCAGAAGAGCUUCAAAGUUCACCAGCAGUUACUUGCAAGAAUGUACCAAAGCGAAGAACAAAGUCGUCGGCAUGGCAUGUCCCGUCAACCGGAAAGUGUGACAUUCCAUCAGCUGUAACAGCAGAUCAGGAUAAUUCAGUUUAUGUUCCCACUGGACCUCCAUCCUGGGCUAAUGUUGCUUCUCAGCCUCCAAAAGUAAUCCAGAAAAGCCCCAAAUCCAACGGAUCAUCUCAGGAGGAUUUAUCAGCACAACCAGCACAGCAGAAAACGGAUAAGAGAAAGAGAAAGAAAAAGAAGAAAACUAAAACGACCCCCGAGGACAUGACGGAGCAGAAACCAGAGGAACAUUUGAUCCAACAGGAACCUCCAAAGUUUGAAGAUGAAGAGGAGUUUCCAGGCCUGUCACUUGCCUCUGAUUUCAGAGGACAUUCUGUAGCACAGAAAGAAGAAAUAAGAUACAAAACAACGACAUCCACUUCUGCCUCUAGUGACACGAAGAAACAACAGACUAGUCAGAAGAAAUCGAAAGUUCCCGUUCAGCUUGACCUGGGAAACAUGUUGGCCGUCCUUGAGCAGAAGCAACAGUGUAAGAAAUCGAAACAAGACCAACGGCCGGUGACGCUUUCAGUUGGUGGAGCUCUGCCUGUGGUCCAUAAGGAGCCUUCAGUUCAGAAGAAGCCAUGGCAGCAAGAGAAGAUCCCUCACAACCCGCUGGACUCCACCUGUCCUUUAGUGAAAAAGGGAAAGCAACGAGAAGUUCCUAAAGCGAAAAAACCAACGCCUCUCAAACGAGUCAUUCUGCGAGAAAGAGAGGAGAGGAAACAGAAUCGCCUGCUAGAGGAGAAAGACCCAGCCCGACUGGUCGCUGAGGCUUGCGAAAUAGAAACUGAAGAAAAUCCUUCAGAAGCAAGUCUGACUGAUCAAGACCAACAUCUCACAGGUGAUGACUCUGAACUUGUUGAUAUUGAAGAACCAGAGAGCGACCAUCCCACUUACGAGUCUAAUCACGUGUUGGAUAACGGCAUGGCGGAAAAUGUGACCCUAAAUCCCAAUUCCAACCCUAAUCUUCCCAAAAUCCACAGCAGGAAGUUCAGAGACUAUUGCAACCAGGUGCUGAGCAAAGAUGUAGAUGAAUGUGUGACCACUUUACUAAAGGAGCUGGUGAGGUUUCAGGAUCGUCUUUAUCAGAAAGACCCCAUGAAGGCCCGGAUGAAGCGACGACUGGUCAUGGGUCUAAGAGAGGUCCUGAAACAUCUCAAACUCAGGAAGGUCAAGUGCGUUAUCAUAUCGCCCAACUGCGAACGUAUUCAGUCCAAAGGUGGUCUAGAUGAAGCACUUCACACUAUCAUUGACACAUGUCGGGAACAGGGUGUGCCGUUCGUGUUUGCCUUGUCGAGAAAGGCACUGGGCCGCUGUGUUAGCAAAGCCGUCCCUGUUAGCUUAGUGGGCAUCUUUAACUACGACGGGGCACAGGACCACUAUCACAAAAUGAUUGAGUUAUCAUCUGAGGCCAGGACGGCCUACGAGGUGAUGAUCGCAAAUCUAGAGGCAUCACCCCAGGAGCAGGAGACAUCAGAAGAACCUUCAGGAACCGAAGAACCAGAGUACAUAAAAAUCUGGAAGAAAAUGCUGGAGAAAGAUUCUGAGCACUCUUUCCUGAAUUUUGAGGAUCAGUUUUCAUCGCUUUCCAUCAGUUCGGAUCUGGUCGACCGUGAAGGAAGCUGAUGGAAGUGAAAGAGACGAAAUGUCAUUUUUUGUCUAUUUGCGUGAUGAGGUCAUGCUUUUGUUACGUGACGUUUUUCACCCAUGCAUGAGCUUCUAGCACAUUCCAGUGAGGAAAUCUUGAAGUACCGAAUGUGCCUAUGGUUGUCUGAGGAUUAUAAUGGCCUGGAAUGGUGAAAUAAAUCAAGGCAAUACCGUUGAAAAUCAUGGAGAGCAGCCCUUGACUAACAAUAUUUUCUUAGAGAUAUCAAUCAAUCACAUACGAAGUUUGUUGUUUCGCACUCUGAAUGGUGAUUAUUUUUGCAGAUAUGCUACUAUCUCUCUCUAUUUUCUAUUUAAAUAAAUGUAAUAGUUUGAUAAAAGACUUGGAAGCGAGCAGAACCGCUGCAUUUAUGUAAAUGUUUACGUUUGUAAAACAAAUGUAUUUUACUUUCCCUGUGGGGUGCACAACUUUCCUAAAUAUGACCACUGCAUUUGUAGAAAGAUUGUGGUACAUGGACAAUGGUUUCAAUCUUAAUGCUGGUAAAUGAAUGUUAUGACCGUGAACUGUUUGUAGGAAUACCUCUUCCUCCUAGAACUUAUUAAACACCACUUACCUAAUUUAUAGCAUAUACUUUUAAUUUGUAAUCCACCAUAUCCAACUGAGAAUUCCUGUUUAAAAGCUAAUCCAUUAAUACUGAAUCUCAAAGUUUUGCACACUUUAAUCAGUAUAAAAUUUAACAGCGUCUGAAUGCCGUUGAAAGCACUUAACAGGAAUUGAGGUGCUCAGAUGCAAAAUCCUCUAAACACCACUUCUGUCAAAAAUGAGAUGAUAAUAUUAACCAUGGGCAUUGGUAGCAGAAGAAAUGUGCUUGGCAAGGGUCUUGUCCCACCCACGUAUAAUAGUUAGGACGCCCAUCAUGAUAUUAACCGAACGCUCUCGGCGCGUAUUGUACUUUCAUUAAAUACCUUAGCUUCAAAUUUGCUUAAUCCUGGCCUCAGGUCAUUUAAAAAUACCGUUUUGCUGAAAAAACAAUGUUUAGAGGACUUUGUUGGCAGUGCAUGGACGAUAAAUUAAAUGAUGAUGCUUUAAACGCAGAGUUCACAUUCAAACUUGUGUCCCUUGUGAGUUUGUGUACCAGAAUACGACCUGAAUGUGGCAGCCAGAUGGAUCACAGCGCCCCCUAUGUGUAGUUCAGUUUCUUAAUUUGCAAUGUUUCUAGUUGCAUCUUUAGUUAUUUUGCAACUGUUUACUAUGUCUUGUCCAAAGAAGUGGAUUUUUUAAAACAUGUCAGACGCACUUAGGUGCUCUUUUGACAGUGCAAAUACGUUGUUUUGAAUGUACAUGCGCAUCUAGCAAAAUAACGUUUUUGGCGUGUUUGCGCCGCAGCCAGUUGAAAAUACUUUUUUCAGAAUGCUGUUUUGGAAAGGAGGAGGAAAGUUUUAGACGCGAAAUGUGAACCGCCCCUUAUGGGGCGUACACACAAAAUGCGAAUUUAGCGAGUGGAUUACAUACGAAAGUUAAUGCAUAGAAAUAGAUAGACGUGAACUCAUGUGGGGCGAUGUGAAUGACAUGAAUUGGGUGGCGUAAUCUAGAGCGAUGAACGCGAUGUCUCGCGUUUGGUGUGUACGCAGCAUAAGAGGGUUUUGCAUCUGAACUCCUCAAAUGUGUAUUUUAAGCUGAAUUGGGGUUUUUAAAUAACACACGUAGUAUAAAGCAAACCACUCACAAGUAAUUUCACAUAUAAACCAUCUGCUUUGCUGCUAUGUAUUUUCAUGUGAAGAAUGCUGACUUUGGGACCAAAACAUGUUUGUUUUGCUGUUGAAGGAUUAAAUGCAAGCACAAGAGAUUUUGCCAGGAUUUGCAAUAAAUUCUUUGCAAUAAACUCAUUCUGUGUUUACCCAAAUUCUGAUUACUAGUUGGAAAAAGUUUUUAAAUUGUAUUUAGUUUGUUUAACCACCACCAAAAUAUAAUUUAACACUAUAAACUUGUAUUUGAGAAUGUACAAAGAAUGUUAAAUGAUUGUGAAUAAACUUCUUGGCUGUU